UUCAGUCAUCGAUCGUUGCUUGUUGAGUGAACACGUCGCAUUAAAGUCAGAUUAUUUGUAACUGCGGGUUUAUUCAUUAAAUUAAUUUAAAUUUCUUUGCGGAAUAUUUUUGUUUCCUUUUACUUGCGGGUUUAAGAUAAAUAACAAUUAAAUUUAAUUUAAGUAAAUUGAAGCGACUGUUGAAUCAUGACGUGAUGAAUAAAUAUUGAAUGAAUGUAGGUUCUUCAUUUGAUGAUUAAAUUUUAAUUGAAACAAAUUAGAAAGUUAUUAAGUAGUGAAGUGAACAGCAAACGCUGAUAAGUGAAGAAUGCGAAAAAACAAAUUCUUUUGCUGUAUGAAAUUCAGUGUCGUUAUCAGCAACAGUGUUUCAAUGACAUCACUUCUGAAAGCAAUGUUUGAAGAGUCUUAAGCUUUGUUGUGCCGAAAAGAAAAUAAUUUUCGUUUGAUUUAAUUCGCAAAGCGGCAUCGCAUCAAGCAGAUUAAGCCGCCGACGGAGAAAGAAUCAAAACUCGUAAAACGAUUGACAUCGAAGGAAGAAAUGAAUGAGAAGUUGAUAUUAAAAUUGCUCGUUCAUUGGAUUUUGUGUCAAAUGUUAUCAGACAUUGCCGUUGUGUGUAGUAGCGGCGGAAUCUUCAAUGAUCUGACGACUGAUGUUAUUAGAUAUGCAAAGGCUUUUGACUUUCAAAAAGCUGCUCUAAUGUUUCGAAUGUCUGAAAAUGCAACAAACGUUUCAGCUUCAUAA